AUGGAUAAAUACUCUCAACAAAUGAAGGAACUUGCCGAUGAAGAGCAGCGGCUAGAAGAGAGCGUUAUGGCCCGCAUUGCCGAGCAGAAGGCUCGUCUACCGUUGACUUUCCUCUUUGAACGCAACCUCAUGCGUCGUUCAGACGCCCAGCAAGAUGGUUUACGCAUAGUGACUGCGAUUUUCGCCAAGCUGCAGCAUCGAAUGCUCUUCAACAGCUACACCCGCUGGAAAGAAUACGUCAGCGACGCUCGACGCGAAGACAAGAAGCGUGAGGCUCUUCGACUCGCCCAGCAGCGAGCUGUAGCACUCCUCGAACGCGUUUCUAGCGACGCCUACGUCGGGACACUGGCUCAAGGUUUCCAGCGUUGGAGAACUGUAGCGCGAGCUAUAAUAGAGCAGGAGCGACAUCAAGCAGCUCGAGUCAUCCAGAACGCUGUUCGAGCGCCACGAUCAAGACUUCACCUUGAAGCACUCCGUCAGGCCGCCCAAGCCUUAGAUCGCCGUCGAAACCAAGCUAUCCAGUCGCUGUUGCGGUUCGAGCGCUACGGUACAAACAUGAGGUGGAGCACUCUUCGCAUUGGCUUCGACUUCGCCAAACAGAACCGUGCAGCACGAAGCAUACAGCUAUUCCUGCGGAGAGUAGCGCUACGACGGUGGAUAACACGUCGCGUACGGCGUCGGGAGGGAGCUGUCCGGAUUCAGACACAGUGGAGGGCGUACGUCGCUCGACAGCAGGUUGCACACCGUCGCGCUGAGCGAGCGAUCCGCUUAGCCCUCGAGAACAAGGCUGCGACUCAGAUGCAGCGAUGGUUCCUAGCCACACUCCACCCAAAGUUUCGUGAACGCAAGCGACUUAUUGAAGAGGCUCGAGCUCGCGCUGCCGCGGAGGAAUUAGCACGAAUCCAUUGGAAAGCUGCCAUCGCAGUGCAGUGUGUAUUGCGAGGCUUGAUAGCUCGGAAGAUUUACGCGUUCAAGUUGAGGGCCCAUCAGAUGGAACAAGCUGCUAUUUAUCUGCAGCGAUUUUAUCGUCGACGGCGCGGAUUGUACGCGCUCGGACUACGCUUUGCUGAGCGUCAAGAGCGAAUUGCUCAGUGCCGCCUGCAGGCUGCGAUUGUGCUUCAAUGUGCUCAUCGGUGCUUCUGUGCGAGACUUAAGCGACUUCUCCUCGCCACAGAAAAGGAGAAUCGAAGGCAAGGAGCCACAACUAUUCAACGACAUAUUCGUGGGAGGAUGGCGAGGAAUCGCUACCGAUCAACUCGACAUGCGGUUCUGGUUAUUCAAUGCAGCAUUCGCUGUGCUCUAGCACGACGUCGGCGUAUCCGUCGAUACGAAGCCGUCCUGGAACUUCAAACGUGGAUAAAGGGCGUGUACUCCUGUCGAGCAGCUAGACAAAUAUUGAACAAACUACGAGUGGAAGCCAAACGACGAGAAGCUUCAGUGGUUCUCAUCCAAAAGCUUGUGCGCCAGCACGAAGCUCAGACAACCGCGCGGUUGUUCCGUGAGGCGCUCAACAUCGUAAAAGCUGAGCAACGACGAUACUUUGGCUCUGAAAGUGGCGGAGUUCAGAGUGGAGUAGGCUGGGUGACACACCAGGCGUCUUCGGAGCUACUGACGUACGUGACGCAGCGAUUUCUGGAAGAUAGCUCGUGCUUUACGACGAAGGAGUUGCGGUGGCUGCGUAUACAGGUGCAGGCGGGGCACGAACGCUUGGCACGCGAAGAUCACGCUGCUGUGUAUCUCCAGCGUCGAUACAGAGGCUACGCCACGCGUAUGGCCUACUGGGUGCACCGGAUGCAACUGGACGAGCUUCGUCGGCUUAAGGAGAAGAAGGCGAUCAUUAUUCAGAGUUAUGCUAGACGGUGGCUAGCCAAACACUACGUUCGGCGCCUGCUAGAGCAGCGGAGACUGGCGGAGCUGAAGGAAGCAUACAUCCGCGAGAGGAAGCGGAAAGAGGAGGAGAGGCUCUGGAAAGAAAAUUACGACCGAGAGCAGAUGGAGUUGUGUGUGAAGAGAGCCCAGGAAGCGGCCAACCAGCUCCGUGAAGCGCGACGAGAAGCUGAUCUGGCCCGUGUCAAGGCUGAAGCUGCUGAAUACCGAGCGAAAGAGCUCGCUGCAGAGCGGGAAAUCGAGUUGUUGUUGAAGACCCCCGUGACGAAGAAGACUGGUGAUAAGAACGACGAAGAGAAGAAGGACGACGAAGAUGCAGACGAGGAAGAUCCGUGGAUGCAACUCAACGACGACUAUGGAAAUGUUUACUACUACAACGAGAGCACGGGAGAAAGUAGUUGGGACCCACCACCUCCUCGCAAGAAGAAGACAAAAGUCUCACCAGAGGAUGAAGAAGCUGACCCCGAGGACGCGAAAGCCCAAGAAGAAGAAAAGCCAAAAGAGAUCGAUCCACUCGAGGAGGUUUUACGGGAGGGCAAGUGUAUCAAAUGCCAACAAGCGCAAUCGACUAAACGUUGUUUGGACUGCGAAGACACCAAACGAGCGUUUUAUUGUAGAUCAUGCUUCAAGCAGCACACAUCAAGUUCAACUGAAGAGAAUUCGACUGCUAUCAAACACGAUUUCGAGGUUGUUCCAGAGGCCGCGGUCGUUCCUGCUCGCUGCGAAUCUGGGGUGGAAUGUGUCACCGAUGAAGAUAGUCCUCCCACAAAUUCUAACAACCAAGAACCAGUCGAGAAAGGUCUCGCUGCUUACUACUGCUACGAGUGUACUCCCCCGCCACGGCUCGAUUCCAGUUCUGAAUCGACAAAUACGCUGACUGGCGCUGUGGCUGGUGACAGUGAGCCAACCCCUUCUGGCUGCUUCUAUUGCGAGUCGUGCUUCGCUCACGACCACGAGACAGCGAAGAAACUCCGUCAUGUAGAAAAAGCGCUACGAUUCCGUCGCGGAGCUCUGCUAUGUUGCGACUGCGGUCACUCUCUCGCUGUUCGGCAGUGUGAUACCUGUGGAGGCGACAAGUUCUGCGAGGCGUGCUUCAUCUCGACGCACGCAGGCAGCAAACGACGGACUAUGAAGCACAUCUGGACGGAACUAGACGUCCUACGCGACCUCCUCGUGCACGAAACAGACACUUAUUGCGUCGAGUGCGACGUCCGUGCCAGCUCAAGGCUCUGCAAUCUCUGUGGCGACGGCUUCUGCGACGGAUGCUUCGAGAAAACCCACGUGAAGGGAGCCAAGCGCCGCCACACGUGGCUGCCGUGGUCUGUUGCUGCGCAGCAUGGCGACUGGAUCGAGAUCAAUGAUGACAAGGCCACCAUCUACUUCAACGUCGAGACGAAGGAGUCGACCAACGAAAAGCCGAGCGUGCUGCUCUCAGGAGAAGAGCGACACCGCCUCCAAUUAGCAGAGCGCGAGCAGCUUCAGCCAAAACCAAGGCAAAGCCGGCCAAGCGUGGCGUUCUCAGCAGACUCUUUGGUCGUAAGCCCCCACAACGAGAUCUCACCCCCGAGGAGCGACAACGGAUCGCUGAAGAGCUCACCAAUCGGGUACGCGCUGAAAAGCAGCCAGUGA